AUGACCUCUUAUUUAAAGUUUUCAGUUUAAUUUCAUACCUAAAUUAAUUAAUCAAUUAGAAUUAUAGGCAAUAUAAAAGAUCUAGGUGAAUGGGAUACAAACAAAGGCUUAUGUCUUUAAACAAAUUAAUAGAUAUAUCCUGAAUGGACACAUGAAACUUUUAUAGAAGUUCCCUUUGGAAUUCUAAUUGAAUUUAAAUGCGCAUUAUAUGAAAGAGAAUAAUUAAUAAGAUGGGAAAGAUUCGAAUAGUUCUUCUUCAGGAAGCUAGUCUUUUGA